GGGGGUGGGAUGGAGGCUGGCAUGACUCCCACCAGCCAAAGACCUCUCGGUGCAUGCAGGAGGUUUGGGCAGGGUUUGCUGUAAGGUUGUAGGAGUCACUCUGGAGUCUGUGGGAGCACCAAUUUGGGUGAAAUCUGCUGUUCGGGGUGUAGAAGCAGUCUGUGUGUGGUCUGCUGUUCGACCUUGCUGCAUGUGGCCUGUUUUCCUUAGGGGAUAUCUCGGCCAGGAGCUUCCGUGUGUCUGGAGGCUGUGACCUGGUCUGGAUGGGGGCAGUGGGCUGCUGCAGCCCCUGGGUGAGGAGUUUGGCCACGAUGCUCCGGGUGAGGCUGUGGUAGUGCUUUAUUCCUGCAGCGUGGCACAAAACAACCUUUAGGGCCACCUGUGGGGACCCACUGCGUCCCCCACACCUUGUCACAGGCUCCUGCUGGGAGUCAUAGAGCAGAUGCAGAUGGUGGUGGGCACGGGGUAGAGCAUCUCGUAAUGGCUGUGUGGGCUUGGCGGCUCUUAGCGCAGAAGCUGGAGGGCUGUGCUGGUACAGAAACGUGCUGGCAUUUAGAAGCUGGGAUCUGAAGAUGCUGUAGGAUGCUCUUUACGCCCCCAGAGGCCUUCUCAUGUCUCUAACAAUAGCUCUGCGCUGCCUCUCCAUUCUGCCCCACAGGCAUAUGGGGCAGAGUUUGGUGUCUGGUCCCAUCCUCCAGACCUGACGCCACGUAACACUGUGGGGCUGGAGCAGAGGGGUAAAAAUGGUGGUUUGGAGGAAGGUAAAAUCAUAGAAUCAUUAAGGUUGAAAAAAGACCUCUAAGAUCAUCUAGUCCAACCAUCAUCUCAUUACCACCGUGCCCAAUAAACCAUGUCCCUGUGGAUGGACCCAAUGGGUCCAAGCUAUUGCCACGGAUGCCAGGGUCAUUGUGCAGCCCUGCAGAUGUGGGCAGCAAGCACAACAGCCUCCCCUGCUCUGCUGUAGAAAGGGUAACCCCCAAGACCUCCACUGGGUCUGGUUGGAGCAAGGACAGGGGAACCUCUGAUGGCCCUGAAGAUGGACAUCUGAUGCACAAACAUGUCAAAGGGCUGGAGCUGCCCAAGAGGAGCAAGGGUGGCAUUAGAACGUGGGUCUAGAGAAGGGAGUGGGAUGUGAGCACAAGCACUUAGUGGAGGGCACUGAGCAUCAGAGGGUUGGCUAAGGCAAGGGCUGGGGAAGAACACAGCAAGGAUAUUAGGUUGGAUAUUAGGAAAAAAUUCUCUUCAGAAGGAGUGGUGAGGUGUUGGGACAGGCUGCCUGGAGAGCUGGUGGAGUCACUGCCCCUGGAGCUGUUAAGUAAUGUGGAAGUGUGGCUCUGAGGGAUGCACUCAGUGGGCAUGGUGGGGUGGAUUGGGGUUAGGCUUGGUGAUCUUAGUGGUCAUUUCCAGCCCUAAUGAUUGAUUCUAGGGAGAAAGUACCUGGUGUGGGAUGGUUUAGGAGGGACAGGAGCCUUCAGCAGGGAAACCAAAUGGGGAGAGGCAAUGGAAAAUGUUGUUUGGGAAGCGUGGCCUCAUGGCUCCUUGGGCUGCUCCCCGAGUUUCCAUGACUGUGCUGGGUUCAUUGUACCCUUAGCGUGCCUAUGGAGUGAAUUAACUGCCUCCCCUUCUCUUUGGGCUGUGGCUGCUGGGUUUUCAAUGCCUUAGUAUAGGCAUGGCUUGGUCCUGAGCCUCCCACAUGAUGGAGAAAGUGAGUGCAGGGAGCCACUGCCUGCGCUGACCUCACCGCGUCGUGUCAGGCUGCGAUGGCAUUUCACCGUCUCUUAUAACACUUAAUAAUUCUGGCUUACUGCAGUGGUUACGUGGAGACUCCAAGGGAGUGCAAGUCAGGCUAGAAAGCAUUUUAUUUAAUUUUUUUUUUUUUUAAGAAAAAAGCCUCCCACCAUCGCAAGAUGUUUCUGUCUAACGGCUUCAUUCCCUCUGCGCUAAAUACAAAUUACAGCUCUGACAUGCUGGAAGCACUUAUCUCCAGCUGAAUGCCAAUUGCUUUCAAGAACAAAAUGUUUGAAGUUCCUCUAAGGUGAGCGCGGCGGCGCAGUCCCCGCUGCUCCCUCAGCCAUGCUGGUGCCCUGUAUGGGGCUGCAGAUCCACGAGGCAAGGGGGUGGGGGGGGCACAGCUGUAUUUAGCCUGUCACGCCUACAACAGCCUCGUCCUCACCCCUAUAAGCACCCUGCUCGUCGUGCAGUGCUCCCUGUCCAGCCAGUGGAGCGCACAGGAUGGAUCCUUCUAUCCCCACCUUGGCAAUGGGGCAGGGGAAGCUGCAGCCAAGGGACACGCUGGCUGUGCCACAUUAACGCGUCCUGUGCUUUGCCUGUGCCACAUCUGGGAGGAGAACUUGGAGCUGGGGUGGCAGUGGUGCUGCUGGACGGAAUAAGUACUCAGCACCUGGCAGCGUCGCCACCGUCAUGGGGAAGGACUACUACAAGAUUUUGGGCAUCCAGUCCGGAGCCAACGAGGAUGAAAUCAAGAAAGCGUACCGGAAAAUGGCCCUCAAGUAUCACCCCGAUAAGAAUAAAGACCCCAACGCUGAGGAGAAAUUCAAGGAGAUCGCGGAGGCUUACGAUGUGCUGAGUGACCCCAAGAAGCGAGCUGUGUACGACCAGUACGGGGAGGAAGGUCUUAAGACUGGAGGUGGCUCCUCAGGUGGCUCAGGGAACACUUUCCACUACACGUUCCAUGGAGACCCCCACGCCACUUUUGCGUCUUUCUUCGGAGGCUCCAACCCUUUCGAUAUCUUCUUUGCCAGCAGCCGCUCCCGGCUGUUCAACGGCUUUGACCAGGAAGAUAUGGAUAUCGAUGAUGAUGAUGAUCCUUUCAGUGCCUUCGGCCGGUUCGGCUUCAACGGCAUCAAUGGGGUUCACCGACGGCACCAGGAGUCCCUGCACACGCGGAGGAAGGUCCAAGACCCGCCUGUCAUCCAUGAGCUCAAGGUGUCCCUGGAAGAGAUCUACCACGGCUCCACCAAGAGGAUGAAGAUCACCCGCAGAAGGCUCAACCCUGAUGGCCGGACCAUGCGGACUGAGGAUAAGAUCCUCAACAUUGUCAUCAAACGGGGUUGGAAGGAGGGAACCAAAAUCACAUUCCCCAAAGAAGGAGACGCCACCCCAGACAACAUCCCUGCUGACAUCGUCUUCAUCCUCAAGGACAAGCCUCACUCGCACUUCAAGAGGGAUGGGACAAAUGUGGUCUACACCGCAAACAUCAGUCUUAAAGAGGCCCUAUGUGGCUGCACCGUGAACAUUCCCACCAUUGACGGGAGGGUGAUCCCGCUGCCCUGCAACGACAUCAUCAAGCCAGGCACAGUGAAGAGACUGCGUGGGGAGGGGCUGCCUUUCCCCAAGGCCCCCAGCCAGCGAGGAGACUUGAUCGUGGAGUUCAAAAUCCGCUUCCCGGACAGAAUAGCUCCCCAGACGAGACAGAUCCUCAAGCAGCACCUCCCGUGCUCCUAGAGCCCUGGGGACUCUCCUCCAAGCAGCAAUACUCCAAAUGCACGUGCUGCAGCAUCUGGCUCACACAGAGCAGAGGUGCCAGAGCACUUUCAAAUGCAAAAAA